AUGGCUGUUCUCUCCAAGGAGUACGGCUACGUCAUCCUGACGGGGGCUGCCAGCUUCGUCCUGGUCACGCACCUCGCGGUGAAAGUGGCCAGGGCCCGCAAGAAGUACAACGUGGAGUACCCCACGAUGUACAGCGCGGACCCCGAACACGGGCGCAUGUUCAACUGCAUCCAGCGCGCGCACCAGAACACGUGA